AUGAAAUGACAAUAGGGAGGAACAGUUGCUAAGCAACCGACAACAGUGAAGGUUUCGAUGCAUACAGUUGAGACGGAGUUAUAUGCCGGUAUUAAAUUUUAAAGCAGUAAGAGUAGAAGCGAGAAUACAGUGUCGCUAAAAAAAUCUAAAGGCUUAUAAAACGCCGGUAUACUAUUUUGUAUAGAGUGUAAAAAAUAUUUUCAUUUUUAAUAAAUAGUUUGAUUAGUUAGCAACUAUUAGUGGUAUAUAUUUCUUUGAUAAAUUCAAAUUAAUAUAAAUUUUAAACUUUGCACAUAUAUACGUAUAAAAUAUAUAUAAAAUGGCUGAAGAAAAAACAGAAAAUAGCCCAUCUGCUGAAGGAGAGAAAAAAAUUGAAGAGACGAGCUCUCCAACAAAAAAUGAACAAAGCGACGUCCAAGAUACCCAAGUUGAGGAUAAAAAAGUUGAAGAAAAUAGUGAGUCAGAAAAGCCUAACGAAAAUGAUGACAGCAAACAGGCAUCAGAACCAAAGCAUAUGCGUGCUAUUGUUCUUAAUAGCUUUGGUAGUCUAAAAAAUGUCAAAGUUCUUAAGAAACCAGAGCCAACUCCAAAUCAGGGCGAAGUUCUUAUUAAAGUCAAAGUAUGUGGUUUGAAUUUCCAAGAUUUGAUGGUGAGACGAGGAACAUUUGAUUUACCAUGUAAACCUCCUUUUAUCAUGGGAUCAGAAUGUACAGGUGAAAUUGAAAUGAUCGGUGAAGGUGUAACUAAUUUCAAAGUCGGUGAUCGAGUUGUUGCUAUGCCAGAUUACAAAGGAUGGGCUGAACUUGUUACUGUCCCAGAGACUGCGGUUUUUAAAUUACCUGAAAAUAUGAGUUACACCGAUGCAGCAGCAAUAACUAUGAAUUAUGUGGUUGCUUAUAUUAUUCUUUUCGAUUUAUCCUGUCUGACUCCUGGAAAAAGUCUUCUUGUUCAUAGUGCUGGAGGAGGCGUGGGACAAGCCAUUAUUCAACUGGCAAAAACCGUAAAAGAUGUAAAAAUAUUUGGAGCAUGCAGUAAAUCUAAGCACGAAGAACUCAAAGCCGAAAAUAAUAUAGAUCAUUUACUUGAACGUGGAACAGAUUAUUGCAGUGAAGUUCGAAAAAUAUUACCUGAAGGUGUGGAUAUUGUACUGGAUUGUAUGUAUGGUGAAGAAUAUAACAAAUGUUACUCUCUUUUGAAACCAAUGGGCAAAUACAUUCUCUAUGGAUCAAAUAACCUUUUCACUGGUGAAACUAAAAGUUUCUUUUCCGUUGCCAGAUCUUGGUGGCAAGUGGAUAAAAUCUCGCCCAUUAAACUCUUAGAUGAUAAUAAAACAAUUUCCGGUUUUAACCUACGUCAUUUAAUGCAUCAGCAAGGAGGACAUGUUUUUAUUAAAAACGCCGUAGAGAAAGUGUUUAAUUUAUGGAACAGUGGUUGUAUUAAACCGAAAAUUGAUUCGACAUGGGCUCUUGAGAAUGUUACUGACGCCAUGCAGAAAAUGCAUGAACAUAAGAACAUUGGUAAAAUUUUGCUUGAUUUAAGUCUUGAACCAAAAGUUAAACCUGCCCCUGUUACUAAGGGUAAAGUGAAGGAUAAAAAGAAUGUUAACCCAGACGAAAAACAAGAAUCUCAUGGAGAGCCAGAAGAAAAUGAGAAGAAAUCGGAAACAGAAUUGAAAAAUGACCAAAAUGAAGAUGCGUCUGACAAUGCUGUAAAAGAGACUGAGUCGAGCUGAAUCUAUAAAGCAGUUUACAAAUCAUCAUUUCAACAUCAUUUGAAAUUGAACAAGUUCACAAAAAUACUUGUUUAUGCAUUAUUUAUAUAAAAAAAAGCUUAUUAUACUCUUAUCUACAGUGAACUGCAUAUACUAAAAUAGUAAAUGAAAAAUGAUCGAUAAUAAUAAUAAAAUUUGAACAAAUGAUCUCAUAAACAUGAAAUGAAAUUAUAUUUUCAUUAAAACUAUCAAUAUUUUUUCAUUUCAUUACAAGUUAUUGUAAUUCAUCUCUGGUAAGAAUAUUUAAUAAAGUUUGAAAGCUGUAAUAUUAUAUUAUUGAUUGCAUAAAUAUUUAAUGAGUAAUGAAAAUUUAUUAAAAGUUAUAAGAUUUACUAAAUUAAUUAUUUCUUUUGGGUGUCUAAUAGUGUUUUUUAUUUUAUAAUCAAUUUUUUCACUGAUCAUUCAUAACUUGCACAGUUUUUUUCAAUCUUCAUUACUCGCAUGCUGAGCGCUAGUUUAUCGUGUUAAUGCCAAAUGCGGAAGCAUCUCAUUCUGAAAUGCGAAUGUGAACAUUAAGUAAAAACACGACUUAACAAUAUUGUGAUACGGUCAUUUACCACACUCACUUGCACCAUAUAGUGUAAUGUCGUUUUUAAAAUUACAUGCUGUUAAAUUACGUAUUAAUUAAUUAAUUAAAGUAUUUUGAUUUAAAAAAUUUGUAUUCGUUAUCAAAAUAGCAUGGAGAGCGCUAAAGUGUGAAAGCCGCGAGCGAGUCACUACGGGUUAACUUUAUGUUGUAGUUAAUGUUCAUAUGAAUAAAUAAUCACAUUAAUAAUUGACAAUUAGAUACCAAAAAAAAAAAAACAUAAGUUUAAAAAUAAAAGGAGUAUUGGAAUAGAUUCAUUUGAUUUUUUAAUUUAAAUUCACAAAAAAAUGAUACUAAAGUUAGCCGACGUCUAAUAAUUUUUAGAUUUUUUUUAAAACGACAAAUUACUAGAAAAAAAAAUUGCAUCUAAAGUUUUUUAAAUUUUCUACACGUGCAUAUUUUUUUUUUUUUUUUUAGUUCACUUGUUGAAAAAAAAAAAUCCGAAAAUUGCUAAUUGUCUGUUAACUUCAGGAUCAUAAAAAAAAACUCAUUUCUAAUGUCUGAUAAAAUUCAAUAAUUUAUUUAAGUAUCGAUGCAUUUCUACAAUUUUUUGAUACUGCCGAAAACCCUAAUAUAAAGCUCGUUCUUUGAGCAUUAAAUUGCCUAAAAUAUUGAUUACACUAGUAAUUAUUUAAGAUCAGAUAAUUUGAAACAAAAGGUAUGAAAUGCGAUUAAAUAAGUUUCAUGUAAAAGACAAGAGGAAAUAAUAAUCACUAAGUAAAAUCUAUAAAACUUUUGAUAAAUUUGAUUUUUAUUUCAUACAUAUCUUAUAACAUUUUCGUAGAUUUGUGAUUGAAGUUUUUACCAGAGAUUGCAUAUGAAAAUUUUCUGAUAUUUAAUUAACAUUAAAUGAGAAGAGAGAUAAUUCGAUGAUUGAUUGAACAAACAAAUUAAAUUUUUUAUAUUUGUAAUUUUAUAUUUAGUUCAAACUAAGCAAAAAAUAUAAAAAAAAAAAUUUUUUUUAUUUUUCUCAUUUAUAUCUUAUUUAUCUCGAGUUAUUGAUAUUUAAAGUGCAGUGUAAAGCUAGCCUGGACUUCAGUUGCCUAAGCUUAUACCCUAAACGUCCAAUAGUUAAGGGUCUGAAGACUAAAUCAAGUAAAAGUUAUGAGCUGAAAGCAAUAGUGAAUAAUAAAUGUCAUUCAGCAGUAUUUUAAAGGUUAAAGUAGAACUCAAUCAUUAAAUAUUAAAUGAAAACAUAUAAUAACUGAUAUCAAAAUGAAUAAACUGAUUAUCUUAAUAUCCAAACUUAUGUAAUAUAUAAUUAAAAAAUAAUAUUUUUGUAAAAUUUUAUUAUACUCAGUGAAAAAUUAAUGGGAGAUAUCAUUAUGAUACUUUAGGUAGUUGACAUAAAUCUAUAUAUAUUUUCACAACUCAAUUAAAUCUGAAUAAACAGCUAUAUUUUAUAAACUGUAAAUUACAUUGAAUCAAAAUCAGCUAUAAUUUCUUUUUGGAGAAUCAUUAAUAUAAUCGUAAUAAAUAUUUCUGGAUUUUAAUAUGAAACAUAAUAUAAAAUAUUUAAGAAAAAUUAUUUUUUAAUUACGACAUGGGAACGAAACUAUAAUAGGGAGAUUUUUGCAAAAGAUAGUUAGUGAUAACGCUAUAUUAAAUAGUAUGGAAAUAUAGUCGUUAAAUAUUUGCUUUUGGCUUAUAACUUUUAUUGGGUUAAAGCUCUGAAGGAGGAGAAAAUAUAUUAUCUAAUUUUAUCCUGUUUUAUUUGAGCUAGCCAAAUUGUUCUUUAAUUGUAAACUAUAAAAUUAUACUAUUUUAUUGAAUAUCAUACGGCUUUAUAAUUAAAGAAAAAGAAAAACCAUAGAUGGAAAAAUCUAUUUCUACUUGCUAUUUAUACUAAAUGCUUAUUAUUGAUGAAUAAAUUAUAAUUGAGUAAUGCUA